AAGUAAGAUCUCUUCUACUGUUCUACAAUUACAAACAUCUAGUCAAAGAUUAUAAAAGUGGAAGAUUAGAUCAGAUGUUGCAGAGAAAGAAUAAAGUAAUUCUUCUUCUUCUGUGCAAAUCUUGCUUUUGCUUUCGCCAGUUGCCUUCAACAAUGGAGUCUGUUAGACUGUUUGAGUCUCAAGUUUCAACUUUCAAAAGCAUAAUUGCGAAGAAGCAAAUGAUAAGCUGCUCAUGAAAGGAAAAAAAAAGCAUCAUUAUCUGUACUUUGUCGCAUUCCGACUUCCAACGCCGUGAAUUUCCGGGUCCAUCAUCACGAAAGUUCUUCUCUCAUUGUCUUGAUCCGUGAUUUUUAAAUGUCCUCGUCUUCGUCUUUGAAAGCAACUGAUCUCUUCUAAACCAUCGCUGUCGGAUUCUGGUGCUCAUCCCAUUUGCGAGCCCGUGACAUAUCUGACAAAUUUGUGGAUGCAAACGAUGCUAUUGAAUCUGGAAAAUGCGUGGAUGCUGUUUCUGUUUCAGGUUUCUCGCGAUCUAACUUUCCUUAGAUGCAAUGUGGUUUGGCUUUCUUUAUGGAUUCCAGCAUGAGAGGGUGUGUCGAUGCAAAUGAUUGGAGUUGGUUCAGUGCGGAUCUAGAUGUUCUUGUUUUCGUAUUUAUGGAAGAGUUCGUCGAGAGCUCUUGGGAAUCCCGUUUCUUAUGAAACGAAUGCCGCGGGAUUCGUUCUUCUCAGCUCAAAAACCUCAACAUAUCUUUUGUAGUUUGGUUUAUUUCUGAACUCGAAGGAAAAGUUGGAAGAUCGAUUAGAAACAAGCUUGUGAAGUUUGGAUGAGAUUACUGGAAGUGUUAAUUCAGCUUGUUGAACUCAAAUCAGUCUCCACUCUCGAGUGCUCCUGACAACGAUUGUGACUGCGAAUUUUGAGAAUCUAAUCCAGUUCCUUUUUGGCUUCCUGGUAGGGAAGACUUCGUGGACCACGAACUAAGCACGCCUGCGUUCCUGAGUUGUGCCGAGUUCCGGUAAUGGAGAUGCUCAUGGCUUCAAUGUUCUCUUUUAAUACGUCUUGGAUGAAAACCAGUUUUAAAAUCGGUACAUUUGUAACCAGGUCUCGUUUUCAAUCUUAGAUCGUCUUUAAUCCCAUUUAUAGCCUUCUCAACCGCUUGUUUAUUCCACUGCUCCAGCGCCCAUGGCUCAAGUACUCCACCCUUCAUACCCUCUUGUCCUGUUCUUUGUUAUUCUUUCGUUUCGUUAUUCAAAUCAACUACAAUCUUCUCAUGCUCAGACCCUUUUCAGAAUUCAAGGGCUUUUGAAUUUUCCAACUGUUUUAAGCAGCUGGAAUGGCAACACGGAUUUCUGCAACACCGACCCAAGUCCGAAUCUAACUGUUGUCUGCUACGAAGAUAGCAUAACCCAGCUCCAUAUAAUUGAGAGCAAGGGGACUCCACCACUGCCUCAGAAUUUCUCGAUAGAUUCUUUCUUCACCACACUUGUUAGGCUUCCGAGCUUGAAAGUCUUGUCUUUGGUGUCUCUCGGUUUAUGGGGUCCGUUAUCUGGUAAAAUCUCUCGCCUUUCUUCACUGGAGAUAUUCAACAUUAGUUCAAAUUUCUUGUCCGGUACAAUUCCUCAGGAGAUUUCGUUUCUGGAGAAGCUACAAACGCUCAUGCUAGAUGACAAUAUGUUCUCUGGCCAUGUUCCUGAUUGGUUGGGUAGCCUUCCAGUUUUGGCCGUUCUGAGUUUGAAGAAAAACUCUUUGAGUGGACCUCUGCCAAAAUCGUUAGGAACUAUGGAGAAUCUUCGAGUUCUUUCCCUCUCAAGCAAUCGACUAUCUGGAGCGGUUCCUGAUCUUACCAGUUUGACAAACCUUCAAGUGCUUGAUUUGGAAGAUAAUUAUUUGGGACCUCUGUUUCCUCGUCUGGGAAGCAAGCUGAUCACGCUUGUACUCAGAAAGAACCGGUUUAGCUCUGGCAUCCCUUCUGAAGUAAGCUCCUAUUAUCAGCUUCAACGGCUGGACAUCUCUUUCAACAGAUUUAUGGGACCAUUCCUGCCUUCGUUGUUAUCUUUGCCUUCCAUUACUUAUCUGAAUGUCGCAGAAAACAAGUUAAAUGGGUUGCUUUCUGUAAACAUGUCUUGCAAUGCCGAACUGAUUUAUGUGGAUUUGUCUUCUAAUCUCUUAACUGGGAGUUUGCCAAAUUGUCUGCUUUCGGAUUCUGAGAACAGAGUUGUCCUGUAUGCUAGAAAUUGCCUGGAUACUGGAAAUCAAAAUCAGCAUCCAUAUUCCUUUUGCCGAAAUGAAGCUUUAGCUGUGGGAAUAUUACCUCACAAACAAGAGGAGCCACGGAAAGCUUCUAAAGCAAUUCUUGCAUUAGGGGUGGUCGGGGGGAUUUUUGGGGGAGUUUUGCUUGUUGGUCUAAUUUUCUUGGCUCAUAGAAGAGUUAAAGCUAAGAAGGUUAAAGUGCCUCCAACAAAAUUAAUAACAGUGAAUGCGUCAACCGGGUAUACCUCAAAGCUGCUCUCUGAUGCAAGGUAUAUAUCUCAAACAACAAAACUGGGAACACUUGGCCUCCCUGCUUAUCGGACUUUCUCUUUGGAGGAGCUUGAAGAGGCUACAGAUAAUUUUGAUUCAUCAACUUUCAUGAAUGAAGGUUCUCAUGAUCAGAUAUACAGAGGUACGCUGAGUAAUGGUUCCCUUGUCGCUAUUAGAUGCUUGAAAUUGAAAAGGAGAUACAGCACUCAGCACUUUAUGCACAACAUUGAACUAAUUUCAAAACUCAGACAUCGGCAUUUGGUCAGUGCUCUCGGACACUGCUUUGAGUGUUAUCUGGAUGAUUCAAGUGUCAGCAGAAUAUUCUUUGUCUUUGAAUAUGUAUCAAACAGGACACUGAGAAGCCACCUCUCUGAGGGGCUUGCAGGACAAACACUCACAUGGACACAAAGGAUUGGAGCUGCUAUUGGCAUAGCAAAGGGGAUACAAUUCCUGCAUAUGGGAAUUCUUCCCGGUGUGCUUUCGAAUAGUUUGAAAAUAACAGAUGUUCUGUUAGAUCAGAGCCUUGUUGCCAAAAUUAGCAGUUAUAAUCUGCCUUUAUUAACAGAAAAUAUGGGGAAGGCUGUCAUGGGAUUUUCAUCUAGUGGAUCAAAAGAACCUAGUGUUGCUGGAAGCUCAAGACAUGGGGAUAAGGUUGAUAUUUAUGACUUCGGGGUAAUCUUGAUGGAAAUCAUUGUGGGAAGACCAAUCACUUCCCAAGAAGAAGUAGACAUUUUAAAAGAUCAGUUACAAGAAAGCAUUAUGGCUGAUGAUGCGGCUCAAAGGAGCAUCAUUGAUCUAGAAGUACGCAAGGCAUGCGUAUAUGAAUCAUUAAAAACAGUUACUGAAAUAUGCAUCAGGUGUUUGUCCAAGGAACCUGCUGGCAGACCUUCUGUUGACGAUGUGUUAUGGAAUUUGCAGUUUGCUGCUCAAGUUCAAGACUCAUGGAAGGGAGACUCCCAGAGCAGUGAAUGCUCACCAGUUUCACCUUCUCAGCCAGGCCUGCGGCUUGCCUUCCAAUAACAGCAACACUGACAUUCUAAAUGCAUUUUCCAAGCUAUGGUCUCAAUUGACUAUGUCAUCCUUCCAUGCCUUUCAAACAGGGAAAGGAGGGUUAGUUUGUGUAAAUCAAGGAAUCUAGAUAGUCUGCCUGGAAAAAGUUUUCCAUCCAAGCAAUGCUUCAAGCUAUUGAAAUACCCCCUCUACAUAUUAUCGAUCUUUUGGCUGCAAGGUUUUAAAACCAGGAUUGGACACAGGAUCAGACUUCAUUCGGAUCGUGCGUAGAUCUUUGCGAUCAUCUUUGCUUGGAACCUCCAUGUAGUCAACCUCAUUAAGUUAGGAUAAGACUUUGGUGGUGGUGGUGGUUGUAUUAAUCCAAAUCAAGGUUGUUGUACUCCAAUAUGUAAAUUACAUGUUUAUGAAUGAGAUAUGUUGGGUAGAGUA